CUUUUUUGACAAUUGCUUAAAAUAAAUUCUACACCGACAGAGCGGGUAACUUUUUACUCACCCUCGUAAGACACUUACAUUUCCAAUCUAUUAUGAUGAAUAAAAGAGCUUAUACUAUUAAAUCUAAUUGUAUUUUGUUGCAUGAGAGUACACGUGUAUGUGAUGUACAUUACCUUUAUAUCCCCUUGAACGCUUCAAUAUUGCGCAUAUAUACUAUAUUUUGUACAGCUUCUAUAAAAUUUUGUAUGUUUGUUUUGGCUGUUAAUCUAGAGGCUGGAGUACAAAGAAGUGGCACAAUGAUGUGGGCUGAUGACAUUUAUAAUUAUCAAGGAAUCACCCCUACAUUCGCUCAGAAUUUUAAUGAAACUGUCCCUUGGGAAGGAAGAACUGAUACCUUGAUAUCACGGUUUGUACAUCCUAUAUAUACAACAAAUUUUAGAACAUUAUAUAACGAAGAACCAGAUCAUCGUGGCCAUGUGAUGUGAAUAAAAGGACUUGAA